AUGACAGUGUCACAAGGAGGUGGAGGUCCACGAGCAAGUGGAGGUCCUGGGCCACCUCCACGAGGUGGCCCACCCCCAGGUGGUCCCGGAGGUCCACCACCAGGGGGUCCCGGGGGUCCACCUCCAGGGGGUCCCGGAGGUCCACCACCCGGUGGUCCCGGAGGCCCACCACCAGCUGGUCCUGAUGGGCCCUGCGGACCAGGAGGGCCAGGAGACUGUUUCAUGUCUCCGGCAUGCAAAAACUUCAGCAGAGCUAUACAAGACGAAAUGCGAGCUGAUAGUGACAAUUCAAUAAAUGACAUGAAGGAAACAGAAGGAGAAACAGGGAUACCCAAAGUUGGUUUAAGAGUUUCAAAGAUUACAUAUGUGAAAUUUCACAUAAGCCUGUCAGUUCUUCAAACUCUCUUUCAUCAAGACAAUCCUUUAAUAGUAGAUAUUAAAGAAUUGUAUAAAGAAUUGAGAGAAGGUGAAAAUAUUGUGUUUAAUUGGGUGAAGGCACACGUUGGACAUUUUGGAAAUGAGAGGGCAGUCGCACUGGCCAAGGAGGCAACUGCCGAUGUUAAUGCUCCUGACAUUGAUGUACAGAGAUCAACAAGGAAAGCUGCGACUAUUAUGAAAAAUUAUAUUUAUGAUAAAUGGAAGGGAGAGUGA